AUGCUGGACGAACGACAAGGCUUUCUUCGCGUUACGGCCUACCACCGCGACGACUACGACCUAGCCGUAAUCCGGACCGCGCCCCACGAACAGGGCGCCUUCUUAUCGCUGCUUUCCCAGCCUUUUCAGCUACCGGGCACCGCUCUUAGCUCGCUGGCCUGUCUCGGCCCUGUUGGCAUGCUGCGCACCGGUAUCGCGGCCUGUAUCGCCUUAUACAAGCUAUACGGGGCGCUCUGCGCUUAUGAAUGUGUCCGGUGCGGUGCGUUCGGCAGCCACCUGGAUUUAUCUACCUCACAGCGCUACUGCUUCGCGUGCGUGCAGUCAUGCCCCUGCCUAUGUGUUACGCUGCUCUCGUGCUUCGCCAAGGCUGCUAUACUGUCGCCGGCCCGUCUUCGCCGCCUACUACUCCUACUGAAUGUUAUCCGCAACACGUUUGGACUGGGAAAUCGCGUGCUUCAUUACAUGGCUACGGUAGCAUCUUAUGUGCUGGAUCGGAUCACUGGCGUCGUGGAAGCCGGUGUCAGCUCACAAAAUUUACGGGCGGCAAGCGGUGCUGUUGCGGUUCGCGUGCACGAGUCCGAGUUCAAAAAGAGGCGUGGCUACCUGACAAAACUUGACAGCAAUGGGAGGCCCAGAGCCUCCACGGGCUUGCAGCAGGUACAGAAGGUCGGUAUCUAUGCCACCGAUAACGCCAGCGCCGAACCCCGCAUGCCGCGUGCUGUCCAGGCGCUCUACCUCCGGCCGCUCCGCCGCGAAUGCGAGUACGGUGUUCCCUCGGCCGACCUGCAGCUGCGAUCGUACAGCAAGCGCAGCCUAGAGUUCUUCUCAGACUUUGCUAUGCGGGCUGCAUACUACCUCGGUCUGCCAGCGUUUGGGCCUGUACCGUUGCCGCGGAUCACAGAGCGGUGGACGGUCCCCAAGUCGCACUUCAUCUUCAAGAAGUCACAGGAGAAUUUCGAGCGUAUCACGGUGCGCCGGCUGAUUCAAAUCCGCGACGGCCACCCGGAGACAGUGCAGCUGUGGCUGGCCUUUCUCCAGAAGAACGCCUACUCUGGUGUGGGGAUGAAGGCCAAUGUGUGGGAGUACAGCAAGCUAGACGUGGGCAAGCAGAUGGACAAGCUGGCGGAGGAUAUGGAAGGCCUGAUGGAGUCGCGGUGGGAUCAAUUGGGUGAGAGCAGGAUCACAGCCAAGAUGGAGGAGGUCCUGGCCAGUGCGGGGGAGCCCGAUGCAGCAACAGUCCAGCAGCUCAAGGAGCUCCUGGCUUCGGAGCGCGUAAAGCGCUGCUUUUCCGAGGAGAACAGAAGACUAGAACAGUCACGGCCCCCUCCUGAGGCACCGAUUCAGGGCGGAGCCGUAAUCUUCUCCGGCAUCCAGCCGACCGGUGUGCCACAUCUCGGCAAUUAUCUCGGCGCUCUACAGCAAUGGGUGCGGCUGCAGGAUGCUGCUGGCGUCGGCGACAAUGCUACCAAGCUUUACUACUCUGUGGUAGACCUACACGCGCUUACGACGACCGCAAGUACCGGGGGCGGCGACGCCCUUCGCCAACGUCGUCGCGAGAUGCUGGCGGCCUUGUUGGCGAUCGGUCUCGACCCGGAACGAUGCGUACUGUUUUAUCAGUCCUCCGUGGCGGCCCAUUCGGAACUCAUGUGGCUUCUUAGCUGCACGGCGUCUGUCGGAUACCUCUCACGGAUGACCCAGUGGAAGAGCAAGCUCCAACUAAAGGACAACGUGUCGUUCGCCGAUGAAAAAGCCCGUGCCGGACUCAAGCUCGGACUCUUCUCCUACCCAGUCCUACAGGCUGCCGAUGUGCUCGUCCACCGCGCCACACAUGUUCCUGUCGGCGAGGACCAGGCCCAGCAUCUCGAGUUUGCUCGCGAGUGUGCCACCAACUUCAACCACACCCAUGCCCCUGCACGUCGUGUCAUGUCGCUCCAGCAGCCGACCUUCAAGAUGUCCAAGUCGCACGCAGAUCCCCGCUCCCGAAUUCUUCUGACUGAUACGGCCGAGACCAUAAAGGCCAAGAUCAUGGCCGCCCUGACCGACUCGACAAACGCCGUAUCCUAUGAUCCGGCCGGCCGGCCGGGUGUCGCCAAUCUCCUGGAGCUUCUGGCGCUGGUGGGAGUGGGAGAGGGCGACGGGGCAUCCGCUGAUUCUCAACAGGAAGUCUCGGCCCUGGCUGCAGCCAUCGCAUCCGAGCUCGAUGGUAAACCGCUGCGGGUCCUUAAAGAACGUACAGCUAAUGCCGUGGUGCGCCGUCUCGCUGGUAUUCGGGAACGCUUUGUUGAUGCCCUCGAGCGGGACGCGGGGGCCUAUUUGGACCGCGUGGCGGCCCAUGGUGCUAAGAAAGCCCAGGCAAAUGCGCAAGAGACCAUGGAAGCUGUGCGGGCGGCUGUUGGUUUGUGA